GAAGUAAGAUGGCGGACGUGGCAACUGUAGAGGGAGAGAAACUCAGCAAAAAGUCUGGCCACUGACUGGGGUAGCUCAGUAUGCUGUGUCUGGUCAGGGUCGCGGGGCAGCAGUUGUGCCGGGGCUUAAAACGCUCUCUGCCCUGCUCAGCUGCACUCCCAGUAGUAACUUGGGGGACUCGCUGGAGAGGUGACAAAAGUGAGCUGAAGAGACGAAUGAAAGCUGAGAAGAAGGCAGCUGAGAAGGAAGCCAAAACUAAAGAGCAGGAGGACCAAAAGAAUGAAUCCAAUGAUAAAGGAGUUUCAAAUGCUUAUGGGGCAGAUGAGGAGACCCUUGACCCCAAUCAAUACUUCAAGAUCCGUUCUCAGGCUGUCCAGGCUCUGAAGGGCACCACACAGGACCCUUACCCACAUAAAUAUCAUGUAGAUAUGUCACUCACAGAGUUCAUAGAGAAAUACAACCAUCUGGAGCCUGGAGAACAGCUAACUGAUGUCCUCAAUGUAUCAGGCCGCAUCCAUGCCAAGAGGGCAUCUGGUGCCAAGCUACUUUUCUAUGACCUGCGAGGGGAAGGCGUCAAGUUACAAGUUAUGGCGAACUCGAGGAGCUACAAGUCUGAGGAGGCCUUUGUGGCCAUCAACAACAAGCUGCGGCGUGGUGACAUCAUCGGUGUCCGUGGUAACCCAGGGAAGACUAAAAAAGGGGAGCUGAGCAUCAUCCCUGUCGAGAUGACGCUGUUGUCACCUUGUCUGCACAUGUUGCCUCACCUCCACUUCGGCCUCAAAGACAAGGAGACCAGAUACCGUCAGCGGUAUUUGGAUCUGAUUCUCAACGACUACGUGAGGCAGAAGUUUGUCACACGCUCAAAAAUCAUCACCUACCUGCGCAACUUCCUGGACCAGCUCGGCUUUUUGGAGAUUGAGACGCCGAUGAUGAACCUCAUUCCUGGUGGAGCCGUGGCCCGUCCGUUUGUCACCUACCACAACGAGCUGGACAUGAACCUGUACAUGAGAAUCGCUCCUGAACUUUACCACAAGAUGCUGGUGGUCGGUGGGAUAGACAGAGUCUACGAGAUUGGCCGUCAGUUUAGGAAUGAGGGCAUAGACCUUACUCAUAAUCCAGAGUUCACCACCUGCGAGUUCUACAUGGCGUAUGCAGACUACCAUGACCUGAUGGAGAUCACCGAGAAGCUGCUGUCAGGAAUGGUGAAGCACAUCAGCGGAGGCUAUAAGGUGACUUACCACCCUGACGGUCCGGAGGGAAAGGCGUAUGAGAUCGACUUCACGCCGCCCUUCAGGAGAGUCAGCAUGACCCAUGACCUGGAAAAGGAAAUGGGAGUCAGGUUCCCGCCUCCGGACACCUACGAUAGUGACGAGACGCGAAAAUUCUUCGAUGAACUUUGUGCCCAGAGAGGAAUCGAAUGUCCUGCACCUCGAACCACGGCUCGCCUGCUGGACAAGUUGGUGGGAGACUUCCUGGAAGUCACGUGCAUCAACCCCACAUUCAUCUGCGACCACCCUCAGAUCAUGAGUCCCUUGGCCAAAUGGCACAGAUCACAGAAGGGGCUGACGGAGCGUUUUGAGCUCUUUGUGAUGAAGAAGGAGAUCUGUAAUGCUUACACCGAGUUAAAUGACCCAGUCCGACAGCGGGAGCUGUUUGAGCAGCAGGCCAAGGCAAAAGCAGAGGGUGAUGAUGAGGCUAUGUUCAUAGAUGAGACCUUCUGCCAGGCUCUUGAAUACGGUCUGCCGCCAACGGCCGGCUGGGGGAUGGGCAUUGACCGGCUCACCAUGUUCCUCACGGACUCCAACAACAUCAAGGAGGUGCUGCUCUUCCCAGCCAUGAAGCCCGAUGACAAUAAAGUGGCUCCAUCCACUGAGGGAACCUCCGUCUGAUGGCCUGACCUUUCGUCCUUACCUGCUGACCGGUGUGUCAGUGUGGAGCUGAGGUCACUGUGGGUUUCUGGGUUUUGGGUUCGUUAAGUCAACCUGUUGGGGAGUUACGAAGCUCGCCGUCUGCCACAGUAAGGGAAUUAAGAAAAGUCUCAACUACAUGGCUGAAUUGUAACCAAUGAAGAACAGUUUUUUAUGUAUUCCUAACGUACUUGUGAUCAUUCGUUUCUGUCAUCGUCAUUUUCAGUGCUGAGGGACACUUUUACCAGUACUCGUUCGUACAGUCAGUGGGAAGUACUGCGUUGGCAGGCUGCCUACCUUCCACUGUUUCAUGCAGACCCGGUAUUCUAACAUGCUGUGAUACGUUAAACAUGGUUUAACAUCUCGAUCAUACGCACGACUCACAAAAAGUGAACCAAGCACCCUGAAGGUUUUUAAAGUCCUAAAAAUGUAUUUAUCUACUACUUCCCAGGUGUAGUCCUGUUGUACUCUGUUCUGUGAGUUUUUGAACAUGGAGAGCAAAUGUUCCUCUGCCAACAACUUUCAAGAAUAAACCUGAUCAUAAUGA